UCUUCCCUUUCCGUACACGCCACUCCUCCCUUCUGCUCCUCUCCUCUCCUCUUCUCCUCCUCUUCCUUCUUCUCACUCCUAUCUCAUCCUCUUGCCCUCCAGUCUUCUCCUCGUUCCCUGUCUUUCGUGCCUUCACGCAACCACUUUCCUUCCUUUGUACUUUCCCUAGUCCUCCUGGUCUUUGUCCCCACUCAACCUUUGUCCUGGAUUGCUGCCUCUCAGAAUGUUCAAGCGUGAAGAAUCGGACUUGCAAGAUCUCUUGCUUCAGGGACACAUGUUUCCUUUGCCUUGCUCCAAUCUGGACUCUCCCAGCGAUUCCUUGCUUGGGCUGUCAAGCAACCUCAACACUCCGAGGUUUGCAAAUGGCAAUGACAUUUGCAAUCCCGUGAUGGAUCCAUGCCUUGAUGAAUCGUCCGUCUUGGUCGAAACUCUCAAUGUCAUCACCUCCUGUUGGAUCUCAGAUUGGUCCGAGGCUGUAUCGUUGAAGCGCCCCCUGUCACCAGCCGAGGGCGUUCACCAGCCAGGGUGGGACGUGGAGUCCUUGGACUGCAUGUUGGCAUCGGAUGAGAUGGAACGCGAGUCAAAGCGCAUCAAGCUUGACUGGGCUACUGGUGAUCAAGGUGAUGCCCAAGUAACGGAGAUCAAGAUCGAGACGCCGCAAGGGUUCCUGCAGCUCGGAUUCGAGUCUCCUAAUGAUGGCAACGCACUGCUUUCGUGGUCUUACGCAGUUCAGAAUCAGCUGACGAACCAGAAGAAUGCUGAUGAAGCGAAACCUGAAGUGAAGAACGAAGACACAGUCAAGGCGGAAGUUAAGGAGGAAAUUCGUGAGCAACAGCCCCAACGUGCUGAACAGAGUGCGAUUGUCUACAGCACUGAGAGCUCGUCGUGCUCUGACUCUGAUGACAAGUCAGAAGAACGGUUCUCUCAACGAGCGCUAGAGACCAACCGCGGAAAGCACAUUCGCUCAAACCCUGACAUGCAGAAGACAGCCAGGGCUGGUCAGGUUCACUGGCACGAACAAGUACGAAGGAUGAGAGAGGAAUACGAGGUGAACCGAACCAUGGAUGUCCAUCCUUCGUUUGCGGAGCAGAAGAGCACUUGUUCCUUUCUCAAUCUCAAGUGCCAGAAGGAGAGCCUCCUGUUGUUUCUUCACAGGGCGAUGCAGAGAGAGAUCAUCACCCCUCUGCAGUUCGUGCAUCCGGCUGAUGAGAAGAUGGGAUUCCUUGGAUGGACCGGCUUUUACAUCAAGCCGGGCUGUGGCGCUCAGUUCCGCUCCGAGGUCGAAGCAAUGUUCCCAGAAGUCCCCAAGGUCAACACCUUGUACCAUCUCUUCAGAAGGGUACGUCUUGUUCCUUGCGAUUGGCGUAAGGCUUGGAAGGGAGAAGUUCCUUUCUCGUGGAAUCCUGAUAUCAAGUGCAUGGAGUACGGAAUCGGUGACAUCGGAUCUUGUGCUUGAAAAUAUCCAAACCAGAGAUCGCAGGGAAUUUUGUAUAAGUAGUUUAAUCCAAAAUCAGUUGUACAUCUCUCACAAUGUUUGUAAAUGCAUCACCAGUAAAAACUGCUACAUGG